CUUGGCUUCACGCUCAAUCAACAUUGAGAUGUAGAGUCUAGAGCAAUGGCUAUUUGACUUGAGGAAGUGGACAGUGCACUGCACCGAGCCUGAGCACAGUCACGUUGGCAACCACAGUGCGUGUGACGUACAGUGUGAUCAUUUGUACGCACCCCGCCUUUCACUGUGAUAUGCAGCUGCAACUGCAAGGCACAAUUCUUGACCUGUGCGACAUCGUUGGCAACAUCACCAUUGGACAUGACGCCCAGCUAAGUAAUUCAGACGGCCACCGCCUUACCUUCGCUUGCUUUGCGAUAUGCGACUUUACUCAGCCCCUGAUUCUUCCUGUCGCUACCCUGUGUUCGCGAUAAAAUGAAGCUCUCUCUGCCGUCAUUCCGAUCGAUACCAUAUCUCCUGCGCCCCACGCAGACAGCCUGCAAGCGUGUCUCUUCGCGUUUGACAGGUUCACAGACAUGUCGAGGCUUGACGCAUAGAGGCUACGCGACGACCUAUGUCUCUGCAGCCGACCUACAAUUCGGCCAGCCAGUCCACGAAACGCACCCGCAUGUCCUCAAAUCCGGGGAAAUCACCCCAGGCAUCACGGCACAGGAGUAUGCUGAUCGACGAGCUGCCCUGGCUCACUCCAUGACAGAUGGCAGUGUCGCAGUCCUCAAUGCCGCAAGCCUUCAGUACAAAUCAGGAGCUGUCUUCCACCCAUAUCGACAAGAAUCGAACUUUUUCUGGUUGACAGGAUGGAUGGAAGGAGAUGCGGUUGCGUUGAUCCAAAAGACAGGCCCGAACCUCGGCGACUACGAAUUUCGUAUGUUCGUUAAACGAAAGGAUCCGCGUGAGGAGCAGUGGUCAGGGUACCGCAACGGCGUCCAAGCAGCAGAAGACGUCUUCAAUGCGGACGAGGCCUUCGAGAACAGCAAGGCAGAGACGUUGCUGCCGAAACUGCUGAGCACGGCCAAGCUGAUAUACACCGAAACGCAAGCGCCCCCGGGCAACCCGAUCUACAACUUCUUUGCCAGAGCCAAUUCGGAGCCUGCCAAAACACCCCUCUUCCCGGUCAUGAACAAACUUCGAGCCAUUAAGAGCAACGCAGAGGUGACGAACAUGCGUCGGGCCGGGCAGAUCUCGGGACGGGUCAUCACCAACGCUAUGCGCAAGGCUUGGACGAAAGAGAAGGAUCUGCAUGCUUUCCUUGAUUAUGAGUUCACCAUCAACGGCUGCGACGGCCCUGCAUACAUCCCUGUUGUCGCUGGUGGUGAGCGUGGCAGCUGCAUCCAUUACACCGUGAACAACAAUACCUUCAAAGACGGGGAGUUUAUCAUGGUUGAUGCUGGCGGCGAAUACGGCACAUACAUAACAGAUAUCUCGCGGACGUGGCCAGUCAAUGGCAAGUUCUCGCCGGCUCAGCGGGAUCUGUACGAAGCUGUUCUCAACGUCCAGCGCACAAGCGUCGCGCUGUGCCGCGAAUCUGCCAACCUGUCACUGGAUGACAUCCAUGGCGUCACUACGCGCGGUCUCGUUGACCAGCUGAAACUGAUCGGCUUCGAUGUGAACAUGAGCAACAUUAGCCAGCUCUUCCCUCACCACGUCGGGCACUAUAUCGGGCUGGAUGUGCAUGAUUGCCCGGGCUACAGCCGCAGGGAAAAGCUGAGAAGAGGCCACUGUGUGACCAUAGAACCUGGCGUAUAUGUGCUGAACGAUGAGCGGUGGCCGGCGCACUUCCGAGGACUCGGUGUGCGAAUCGAGGACAGUGUGUGUGUAGACGAUGAUUCGCCAUACGUCCUCUCCACUGAGGCUGUGAAAGAGAUCAACGAUAUCGAGGCGUUGAGGGACUCGUAGCCCAUCAAGGUGGUCGAUGACAUACUAUACAAUAUGUAACUUAUGUGUGCCAUAAAUUAUCAUCUAUCAUAGCUGCUUUCUCAUUGUUUGUCUGGAAAUGAACAACUAAGUGUCCGAGAUUACCACAAGCCUACCACCAGUAGCGCAUCAAGCAGCUAGGAUUGAAUGAGAACAGAUGUCAU